CUCGACAUCAACAGCUUCAGCACUCGCCUUCCUACUACCGCGUGUACUCUAGACAUUUCGGUCGCUUUGUCACAUACAUCACAGCGCUGCACAAAUUAUCGUUUUCUACGCAAUGUCGGCCCUCCAGUCCACACCAUCCAAGCAGGUUGCUUCGGCAAUUAACACACUCAAGAUGUCUGAUUCACCAGCAAAGAAGCUUGACUUCUCGUCUGCAGACAAGGAGAACACCUACAAGCCCAUUGUCGGUAUUCCUGACCUGGAAGACGAGACAGCAGACGAGGUCGAGAAGAAGUUCCACUCUGUUGCUGCUACCAUCAAGCCUGAGGAGUCGGACGAGCCUAUUCUACAAGAGAACCCUCAGCGCUUUGUCCUUUUCCCUAUCAGGUACCAUGAUGUCUGGCAAAUGUACAAGAAGGCCGAGGCUUCCUUCUGGACUGCCGAAGAGAUUGAUCUCUCCAAGGAUCUCCACGACUGGAACAAGCGUCUCAACGACGACGAGCGCUUCUUCAUCUCCCACGUCCUUGCUUUCUUCGCUGCCUCCGAUGGCAUCGUCAACGAGAACCUUGUCGAGCGCUUCUCCGGCGAGGUACAAAUCCCUGAGGCACGAUGCUUCUACGGCUUCCAGAUCAUGAUGGAGAAUGUCCACGCCGAGACCUACUCUCUUCUCAUCGACACAUACAUCAGCGAGCCCAAGCAGCGCACAUAUCUGUUCAACGCGAUUGACAACAUUCCUUGCAUCCGCAAGAAGGCCGACUGGGCCCUGCGAUGGAUUUCCGACAAGAACUCCACUUUCGCCAACCGUCUCGUUGCCUUUGCCGCUGUCGAAGGUAUCUUCUUCAGUGGCUCCUUCGCUUCCAUCUUCUGGUUGAAGAAGCGCGGCCUCAUGCCCGGUCUCACAUUCUCCAACGAACUCAUCUCUCGCGAUGAGGGCAUGCACACAGAUUUCGCCUGCCUGCUCUUCUCUCUCCUCAACAACCGCCCAAGCAAGGAGGCUGUCGAGGCCAUCAUCACUGAGGCCGUCACAAUUGAGCAGGAGUUCCUGUCGGAUGCUCUUCCCUGCGCACUCCUCGGCAUGAACGCCACCCUCAUGUGCCAGUACAUUGAAUUCGUCGCCGACCGUCUGCUUUUGGCCCUUGGCAACCCCAAGUACUACAACGCCACCAACCCCUUCGACUUCAUGGAGAACAUCUCGCUCGCCGGCAAGACAAACUUCUUCGAGAAGCGCGUCGGCGACUACCAGAAGGCUGGUGUCAUGGCUAGCACAAAGAAGCAGGAGCAGAAAGAAGGCUCAUCGCCGCCUGCAGAGGAGCAGGGUACAUCAGGAGACUUCAACUUCGAGGAAGACUUCUAGAUGCCUCGCCCUCUUACCUUUUGCUUACUUGCCAUAUUGCCACAAUCUCGCGCUGUAUACUUCUUGGAGUCUGGGCAUGGGGUACUGGAUUACCUCCAUUUGCAUAUUGAUUCCUCUCUGCGUUGUAGGAUUAGGACUGGGUGCAUGUCCUCCUUGGCGGCUUCACAUUCCUCCUUUUGAUACCUCUUUUUGCACUCCGGAGUGCUGGCGUCGGUGGUUUUCACGAGCGAUGUAUUCAAAACGCUACAGUUUCGCACAACGAUAGUCCAUGGUUUUAAGAUAAUGAUCAAAUACAAUUAUUCAAUAACACAUAGUUUAUUUCCCA